GAAUGAGUCGAUAUCGAUCGUGAUUAUGGUCGAUAAUGUCAAUAUCUUCUUAAUAGUAAAACAGUAUUAAUAAAUUUAACUCUUGUUUAAAGAGAUAAAUAGCACGCGCGUGCAACGCGCGUCUGUAGUAUCUACAAGUUUACAAAUUAAAAUCUUCAUUUAUUCAUUUCUACUGUGCGAGACAAGAUUGUAGAAAAGGGGCAUUUCGAGACAUUUUUAUUGUUGGCAACACUGAACAGUUCCCGCGUUCAUUUCUCAGUUGAGUUCGGCUACGCGAAGGGAUCGGUGGUGCGUGUUUUGUGCUGUGAGUUUACUCGUUUCUUAUCAAUCGAAAUGCCUAGAUAAGACGAGUAUAUAUUCAUCAUUAUAUAUUCAUCAUUAUCUUGACAACGUUGAUGAUCGCAGAAUGGAGGACUUUUCUCUGUCCAAGGGAGUAUUUGCUUAUAAAGGAAAAUAUAAAAUUGGGAAAAAGAAAAAGAAAGAAGUUAUACAUCCGGAAUAUCUUAAGGCACCCUGGUAUAUCGCGUUUGAUGAAACGUGUCAAUACAUCGAUGAAGUUGUGGAGAAUGUUACAUCAAAAAUGUUCCAACAAAUUAUGUCCGAUUUGAUGUCUUUCGUGCGUGCAACAAAAUCAAAUUCAUUAAAUAUUUCAUCUCAGGAAAUAGCCACGGCUAUUUUGUUAACAGGAGUUAAUGUCCCUGAUCAUUGCAUACUUUUCGACACAAUUGUGUCCAGUCUUAGUAAGAUAACAUCGCACAUAGCAAUGGUAUGGAGCAGAGAAUGCAAUAAUUUGAAAACCAUCAUCCAGGAAACCGUAUAUCAACUUGUCUACAACUCAAAUGACGAUUGUAAAAUACGUAAAAGUCAAUGUACUAUGCGUGUUUUGAAAGAGUAUUUCGAAGAAAAUCACGAUCUGGAGGAUCCAUUAAUCAUAAUUUUGCCGGAUUUUGAAAGCUUCAUCACUGAUGUAUUACACGAUUUUAUUCUGGUGUUGAGUUCGUACAGGAGUACAUUAAAGUUUGUACUUAUUUUCGGUGUCGCAACCACGUUGCAUGCUGUACAUAAAUCAUUGACGUAUUACGUCACAUCUAAGUUGGUAGUGCAGGUAUUCCAUACGCAAACGCAAGUUAAAACACUGUCAGAUGUAUUAGAGAGCACUGUUUUUACUUCAACGAUUCCAUUUAAAUUGAUCGGUCGCGCGUUUCAAUUACUGACAGAUAUAUUUCUGUUCUACGAUUUUUCAGUAGAUAUUUUUUUACAAAAUUAUAAGUUGUGCAUGAUACAACACUUCUAUGACAAUAAUAUAAGCUCUCUUUGUUGUCAACCGAAAGACAUUAAAAAGAGAAUAUCUAAGCUUACUGAGGAAAAUAUCGCAGACAUUAAAAAUUUACCAUCUAUCGUUAAAUAUUUGAAGUCAUCCAGUGAAAUAUCUAAUGGAGAUGAAGAGCACAGCGAUAAAAAGAGCGAUAAAAAAUUCACGGAACUGCUAGAAAAGUUGUUAAACGAUUUUCACAAGUUUAUGGAUCGAUUUUUAAUUAUUUUGAGAUGUUUACAUUGUUUGAGUGCUACUUUACCAGGUUCGCCAAUGGGUAAACAGUUACGGGAAAUUUAUACCAAAGUGGUUUACAUAAACAAUCUCACAGAGUCCUCCGAAUAUAAAGAGUGUUUGAAAUUAUUGGGAUUUUUGUCGAAAGAGGAACUCCUCUCGAAAUUAAACUCUGUCAUAGAAAUUAUAAAGAAAUCUAAAGAUCCGGUUAUUGAGAAAAUAAAAAACGAUCUCGAUACUUACAUCGAGAUGAUUCAAGAAGCUAGUCUAAGCACUACAUCUUCCGAAAUCGUCAGCUUGGAGAAAAAACUUAGUCGUAUACAAUUAAAAGAGAAAUUACUUCAAAUGAGUCAGCAACAGUCGCGCACGGCUUACAAGCAGGCGCAGAUUGAUCUGAUCAAUUACCUGGACCAAAAAGUAUUUUCCGUUCACCUGAUCAAUCCGAAUCGCGUGCCGGCUUAUGAGAUAUUCUGCUACAGCGACGGGACUCAGGCAAAACAACAUAUUCGCGGCUCUUUGCGGGCUUGCGUACACAUGGGAUUGAGUGAUCCGCAGAUGUAUCUGGACUGCGCCUGCUGCAAAUUGGAGAACGAAGACGACAUUCUGUGCACGCUCCCCGACCUGAGUAUAAUUUAUAAGCUACACAAGGAGUCCGGGAAGCAGAUCAAUAUGUACGACUGGCUGCAGGCGUUUUUGACGAUUGUCGAUCCGCGAUCCCAAAGUAAGCAGAACAAAGACGACAUAGAUCCGGUAAUGCGAUAUCGAUUUUUUGAAGCGGUCACCUCCCUCGUAUUCCUCGGUUUCAUCAAGGUUUCUCAAAGGAAGCCAGAUCAUGUAAAGCGCCUUACGUAAUAAUAACAUCCGUAUUUGAUUGUUUACUUAGAGUGCUUGAGGAAAUUAUUAUAUAUGCAUUGUAUAUGAAAAUGUGUGUAUUUUUCAAUUAUUAAUAUUAUAUCAU